GCGGCAGGAAGCGACUCCACCACAGCGGAAGCCACCGCCUUCAGUUUGUCGGGAUCAUUUCCCACUUGCUCUUGAGUCGCGAGGUGUCUGGGGGAGCAUGCGUUUGACGCGCAGGUGAAUUUAUUUUUUGCCACUUCAACUUCCUCGCUGUGCAAACUUUUCAAUCCCGCCUGGUUUGUUUUGCUUUCCUUUCCUAUCUUUAUCGUUUUUGCUCCACCUGAAAUUCACGCGGAUUAAAAAAAAAAAUCUUGAGAUAUGUCUCGCAAGAAGUCUGCCAGGGGCAAAGCCGCGUCCAGCAGCCCGUCCACGGGCAGCCCCACCGGGAAAGCAGCGCGGAGCAGCCCGGCCAUUGUUCAGAUGAACGGAGUGGUCCAUCCCAGCAGACCGUCCAUCAGCAACAGCAGCGAGUUCUAUGACAUCGCCUUCAAGGUGAUGCUGGUUGGGGACUCUGGUGUUGGGAAAACCUGUCUACUGGUCCGCUUUAAGGACGGAGCGUUCCUGGCGGGCAGCUUCAUCUCCACUGUUGGCAUUGACUUCAGGAAUAAAGUCCUGAACAUUGACGGAGUCAAGGUGAAGCUCCAGAUAUGGGACACCGCCGGACAGGAGCGCUUCCGCAGUGUCACUCAUGCCUACUACCGCGACGCCAACGCUCUCCUUCUGUUGUAUGACGUCACCAACAAGACAUCCUUCGACAACAUACAGGCGUGGCUGACCGAGAUCCAUGAAUACGCCCAACAGGACGUGGUGCUCAUGCUGCUCGGAAACAAGGCGGAUGCCACUCACAACAGGGUGGUGAAGAGGGAAGACGGAGAAAGGCUUGCUAAGGAGUUUGGAGUUCCCUUCAUGGAGACCAGCGCCAGGUCGGGUCUCAACGUGGAGCUGGCGUUCACUGCUGUGGCUCGGGAGCUGAAGCACAGGUCCCUGAAGGAUCCCAGUGAGAAGUUCAAGCUGCAGGAGUACGUCAACCAGGAGAUGAAGGGCACUGGGUGCUGCAGAUCUUAAAGCCUGCUGCACUCACUCUCUGGAUAUGUGUGUUGGUGUGUGUGUCUGUGUGUGUGUAUCACUCAUCUUCAUAAAGUGUGUGUUUAUGCCUGACAUGAUCAGAUGUGAGGAGUCAGCUCCAGCGAGGCAUUAACCUGUUUGUCCUUCUGAUUCUCUACUGUCAAACCUCUCAGUUGUCACAGCGUCGGUCUGUUGUCCUGUCCUCCUCCAUCUCGUACGUCUGUCAUUUUCUUUUAACCCCCGGACGUAGAAUGUGACACGUUGCCAAAAUCUCUGCAUCAAAGUGUGUAGUGGUUUUAUUGUGAAGAGGAUUAAGUUAAACUAUUUGCGGAAAAAGUUCUCUUCUUGCUCCAUGUACGGAUGAGUGUCCAUGUAACAGAUGUGUAGCGAUUUGUCUUCUGCCUAUCGGUUCAGUGUUCACAUCUGGAUUUUAAGCUCCGCGGAGCCAGGUUUAGCUCACCAGCAUAAACUCAGUCUAAGUAUUUCCAGGAUUCAGCUGUGGAUAUCUGGGAUCAUGUAUAACGUCAACAGAAUAUAAGCAAAUCAAUGUUUUUGUAUUCAAAAGAUACUGAGUAUAGCAGCAUUCGCUUGUUUUAGUAGAUAUAGAUUUGUGCUAAGUGCAAAUAUUAAAAAGUAGUUCAAGCGGAUCUAAAGAAACAUGACAGUGCAUGGGUUCCACGACCUCCAACAGUUUUCAUUAUCGUAAUAUUUUCUAUGACAGAGGAUCAGUUCUGAGUCCUGGCAAGCUCCAAUUCAACCGGUCUUGAUGAUAAUGCAAUGUUUUGUUUUGGAAAUAUUCUAAAACAGAUGGUCAAACACCUUAUGUGUAAAAACUUAUCACAUUUAUUUCUGCACGUUAGAAAAAAAGUAGAUAGAAAAGUAGCACUUUAGGUGAAUAAUGGCUGUGAGUUGGAUUUUGGGAAUAAAGAUCUGGAGUCUGUUGACAAUGUUGCCUGAAGUAUUGUAAAUGAAACAUGGAUAAUUCUGUUUUUAUUUCACUGCUUUAGUUGUAGCCGGUGGGAAUGUUACUAGACUGCUUCAAUAAUUCCUGCUUUAGUUUUGCAUUCAUUCAUAUACACAGAUUAAAUAUAUAGUGCCACAGUCUACAAAUUUUUUUUUGCCCUUAUCAUCUGCUAACAGUAUUAAUCCUAUUUAUAAAGGAUCGUAACCCUCUAUUUAACAGUAAGUUGAUUUAGUAGAUUUCACCUUUGUCAUAAAAUUUAAAUAUACAGUAUUUACUUAACAUGGUUUUACUAGAUUUCAAUGUGCAGCUUCUUUCUUGUAACGGAAAAUAAACACAAUAAAAAACGGGUAACGUGGCCUCGAGCCUUUUUAAUCAUGAGCAUAUUUCAGAUUCACUGACCCAAAUCCUCCUCUUACACUAGAAUGAAUGGAUCGCUGCUCCAAAACAUCUUCAGGCCUUUCUCCUCAGUCAUUGUAUCAAAUAUAUUUAACACGCACACCUGGUUAACGUCACAGAGUGUGGUGGCUGUGGGUUAAAUCACAAGUUUAAACAUCCUUUGUCUCCCUCUAGUGGAUAAAUACCCUUGACAUGAAAUGAUUUUAAUUUGUUGUUAGAAAAAAAGGAAUGGGAAUUCCGGCCAAAUAAACCACAUAUCAUACAUUGACAUGCAGCUGAUUGAAUGUGUAUUAAAAGUAAACAUGUUAUGUUGUACCUGCAUUGCCUGGCAUCACAACCUUGAAGGUUUGCAGAUAGCAGAUGAGACAAACAAAUAAAUAUAACUGAAUAAAUAUUAUACCCACAUAUGGAAAUAAACAUGUGUAAUAGUAUUAUUUCUUCUUACUGACAUAUUUCAUUCCUGCGUCCGGUUGGUUUGAGUCGGCCUGUAACUGACCUGAAUGGCACAGUUUGUACACUUGGUUGAAAUUCAAGACAAUGACUCGUGCUAUUAUUAGAAGACUGGAAAACACCACAUUUAAAUCUCUUCCAAGUCUGAGCAGCAACAGUUUUCACUCGUACACAAAAGGCAAACAUUCAUACAUUUACACAUGCAUCGGGUAUGGCACAUUCAGGUCAGGAUGACUGUUUCAAGUGUGUGAGUUACAGGUAAUGACAAAUGAGAUUUAGGCCAAUUCUGCUCAGAUUUGGAUUCACUAAGACAUGGGUCGAAUGUAAGUGGAACGAAGCAGGACCACGCUUUGAGUAAAAGCCGUAAUUGUGGGAAUGAUAAUCUCACUGUCCCCCUGGAUUUUAUAAAACCUAUUAAGAGAUGUCGAGCACAAAUAUCUCUGUCCGGCCCUUUUCUUCUUCAGGCUCCACUUCCUGCUCAUCAUCCUGCACCAGAAGAUCCUCAAA